AUUCAAGGUUAGUGUGUGUGUGAGGUGUGGUUUGACAUACCACAGCAAGUGCCAUGUUAUAAUAAAAAUGUUGUCUAUCUAGUAGUUUGUCAAUCAUCCAGCUGAGUUUUUAAAGGGCACACACACACACACACACACACACACACACACACACACACACACACACACACACACACACACACACACACAAACGCCUGCAAUUUCUACAAUAACUUUCUAUUGUUUAUGCUUAUGAAUCAAAAACUCUUCCCUAGUGACAAGUGCAGAAUGUCCCAUGACGUGAAGUCUAUUCAUAACACGUCACUCUUGAAAAAAGAGUGUCUACAAGAUCUUAAGGAAAAAGAAUUAUUUCAACUCCUGCUACAGAAUGACUCAUCACUGCUGCCUGAGGUAUGCCCCCACUACAAUAAAGGAAAUGGAGAACAUGGCAGCUGUAAGUAUCCAACGUCCUGCACCAACCUGCAUGUCUGCCAGCACUUCCUGCAGGAUAACUGUAAAUUUGGCACUGCAUGCAAACGGGCUCAUAACUUUGAUACAAACAGCAUGAAGAUCCUUAGUCACAGGCUUGGCGAAGAUGAAAUUCAUGGCUUCCUUAAAACCUACAAGAACAGCUUUCUCAUUUCCUGUUACAAAGGCAAACCAGCUCAGAGAGUAGAAACAGUUAAACCAGCACCGAGCACCAAGCAGCCAAACAGCAGAGCAGUGUGUGAGGCCGACUCUGAUGAAAUCUGCCUCUUCUACAUACGCAGAGGAUGUACUUUCAAAGAGAAAUGUUCCCGUGUACAUCAUCAUCUGCCUUAUAAAUGGCAGUAUUUAAACAGUGGAACCUGGAAAGACUUCUCAAAUGGAGAGGAUAUUGAGAGGGCCUACUGUAAUCCAAAUAAUGACAGGAGUAUCGGGUUUACACAGGUGGACUUCGAAUCUAUGACAUAUGACCGGAUGCAGGUUCGUCGUCUAUCCACAGCAACCUCUGUUAACAAACCACCUCACUUUAUCCUGACCACUAACUGGCUUUGGUACUGGAAGGAUGAAAAGGGAAGAUGGAUUGAAUAUGGCUGUGGGGAGGAUGCAAAGCGUAAGGCUUUGAUUACAUCAAAAUGCCUGGAAGAGGUUUACCUCAAAGAUCCUAAUGAUAAACUACCAUUCAGAUCUGAGAGUCAUGAGUAUAUUCUUAACUUCAAAGAAAUGUAUCAGCAAAACAUUAAGCACAAGACAAUACGAUACAUUCGGAGGAGGCCUAGAUUUGUGUCUGCUGAAGAGGUUCAGAGGAAAGUAAAAAGUGACAGCUGCAGUUCGUCCCCGACAAAUGUCCCUGAUUAUUGGGACAAAGAAGCCCUUCCCGAAUUCACCUACAAGCUUAUAACACUUUCAAAGGGUACAGACGAGUACCGAAAGGUGGAGUCAAUUUUUAAUGCUACGAUGCCUAGUAGCAGAAUUUCCAACAUGCAGAGACUGCAGAAUCCUUCUCUGUGGAAGGUCUUUCAGUGGCAGAAAGAACAGAUGGUGGAGAGGAAUGGAGGAGGAGAUGUAUAUGAGCGUUAUCUCUUCCAUGGCACAGAUCCAGCUCUAAAAGAUGCUAUUUGUGAGCAGAACUUUGAUUGGAGGGUCUGUGGUAAACAUGGAACAUCUUAUGGGAAAGGAAGUUACUUUGCCAGAGAUGCCAAGUACUCAGAUAAAUACACUAAAUCCAAAUGCGGCCUGAAGAUGAUGUUUGUUGCGCUUGUCCUUGUUGGAGAAUUCAUCAAAGGAUCCAGCUGUUUGGCUCGGCCUCCACAGAAGAAACACAAGCCGGGUUUUUAUGAUAGCUGUGUGGACAAGGAAACUGACCCUAGUAUUUUUGUCAUCUUUGAGAAGUACCAGAUCUAUCCUGAGUACAUCAUUGAAUACUCUUAAGGAGCUGACAUAAUGGCACCUGAUGGCAAUAUCUACCAGACACAUUAGUGUCCUUCAAUGCUGAUAAUCUGUUUAAAUCACUCUAAACUUUAUAAAAUGUGACCUUUCCCUAAAUCCUUUUGUGGGAAUUAGGUUUGAUUGAGCAGUCUGAAAACGAUCACUGCCACGUUCUUUUAAGAAACGAGGAGCUGAAAAUCUCACUGGAAAUCUUACAUUAUUAUUGAACACAUGAUAAUGGCAUAACUGUGUCUAUUGAGUACACAGUCUAUGAGUUUCCAAUAUGAAAAGGUAGGGGUCGGGAGGGUUUCCAGUGUAAUGGUUCUAAACAGUGUUCUGUUUUCUAAUGACAUGUUUGCUGUCGUGGUUGUUAUUGUUGUCUGCUACCUUUUAUGGCCUUCAAAGUUAUUGAAGACUUUAAUAACUGAUACUCAUAUAUAUAUAUAUAUAUUGCAUUGGGUUCUGAAGGUUUGGGAUUUCAAAAUCCUCUUUAUUAUAUUAUUAUACUUAAAGCAUCACUAAGUACAUUGUUUUCCAUUCACAUAUACAAAUGUAGCAUGAUGGUGUAAUCAUGGGGAAACAUUUAAUUUUAUGGCAUCUUGAAUGAUAAAAAUGUGAGAUUUUGUGUUAGCUUUAGUAAAUCAAGCUCACAUUAGGAUGCUUCAGCAACCGAGGCCCGUGUAGCUACACAGAGCAUCUUAGUUAUAUUCUAUUAUGCUAGUGCACAAAUUUGUGUCGGUUCUGCGAGUGAAGAACAAAAGGUCUUUGAUGGAUAAUUAUGGGUAUGUUUAGAUAUAUAUUAAAAUGACAAAAUAUGCACCAUUGGCAUAUGAGUCAGUGUGUCCUUUUCAUUUUUUUGCAUUUCUUUUUGCCACAGAAAUAAGUGUCCGGCUUUAGAUUUUGUCUCCCGAGUGUGGUGCAAUCAGCUAUGAUCUGUUAUUUGAGAAGAGUUGGUACCUUAUAAAGUCACAGAGUGGUGAUGCAGGAUAUAUUGUGUAACAGUUACAAAGCUUUACAUGUAUAAAGAAAGAUUUUUUUUAGAGGAUGCAGUUUGGAUAUGUUGUCUCUACUCCACUACUAGA